AUGGUGAACGAUUCGACCAAAGCGAAGUUGGUGCCGGAUUUCCGGGACGCUUCACGUCCUAGUCUUUUUCGACAAUUGGGCGGAAACCUAUUAGUACCAAUAGGUAUCGUGAUGACUGUGGGCUGUUACGCCGUCGGACUUACCACUAUGGUGACCAGCCGGCCUAUGCUUGGGCAAAAGAUGAUUUCUUACAAUCUAUUUACAUCACUUGAUUGUUUGGGAAUUAAAGCAGCUGGGACAAUUAGACUUAAUUGUUUUGCUAAUCCUCCAGUUGUGAGCGAUAAAGAGCUAAAUACAUUAGGAAGAGGAGCCUCAUAUGAAGUUACCUCAACAGAUGGAAAAGUUGGUCUGAUUAAAUGGUUGGAUAACAAAUCUGUUACUCUCGCUUCUAACUUUGUGACUUCAGGCAGCCCAGAUAUUAUUAAACGAUAUGAUAAAAAAAAUAAAUCGUAUGUUGUAGUAUGUCGCCCUGAAAUUGUAAAAUUGUAUAAUGAUUCGAUGGGUGGGGUGGAUUUGCAUGACCAACUCAUUAGCUACUACAGAGUAUUUAUAAAAUCUAGAAAAUGGACUUUGCGUAUGCUCUUUCAUUCCUUUGAUAUAGCCACUUGUAAUUCAUGGUUAGAAUAUAGAAAUGAUGCUGAAGCAAUAAAUUUACCAAAAAAAAAAGUAAUGGACUUAUUAGGCUUUAAGCAAAAUUUAGCUUCAACAUUAAUUUCUAUAGAGAGUUCUGUAGUAACACCUUCCAGAAAACGAGGGCGCCCGUCGUCAUCUAACAAAAUUAUAGUUCAACCUAAACCCCGCACAAAAAAUCGUUUAAUUGAUAGAUACCUACCCUACUGA